GUGGGGGAGAGGAAGAGAAAUCCAGCAGAAAUCCAGCCCUGCCUUUCUCUCCCAGCCAGUGCUGAGCAGAUAACACUGCCGGUGCAUUGAUGGCAGCCUUGCAGAUUUAGACCUGCACUUAACUUGCAGCUGCCUCCCAAACCCGGGUUCCGAGAUGUCCACGCCCUGGGUGACAGGCAGCGGGGCGCUGCCCUGUGCUCCGGCGGUGAUGCUGAACAGCAGCAGCACGCAGUGAAAGCCCCGUGCCGCUGCCGAGGAGCAACCUAAUGUAACGGCACAGCCAACAAGAUGAACGGAGCUUUGGAUCACUCAGACCAACCAGACCCAGAUGCCAUUAAGAUGUUUGUCGGACAGAUCCCCCGGUCGUGGUCGGAAAAGGAGCUGAAAGAACUUUUUGAGCCUUAUGGAGCCGUCUACCAGAUCAACGUCCUCCGGGACCGGAGUCAGAACCCUCCCCAGAGUAAAGGUUGUUGUUUCGUAACAUUUUAUACAAGAAAAGCUGCACUUGAGGCCCAGAAUGCACUGCACAAUAUUAAAACUUUACCUGGGAUGCAUCAUCCCAUUCAGAUGAAACCUGCAGAUAGUGAAAAGUCAAACGCCGUGGAAGACAGAAAACUGUUCAUAGGAAUGGUUUCGAAGAAAUGUAACGAGAACGAUAUCAGAGUGAUGUUUUCUCCAUUUGGCCAGAUCGAAGAAUGCCGGAUUCUCCGGGGACCCGACGGGCUGAGUCGAGGCUGUGCGUUUGUCACAUUUUCUACAAGGGCAAUGGCACAGAAUGCAAUCAAAGCCAUGCAUCAGUCUCAGACCAUGGAGGGCUGCUCUUCACCGAUCGUGGUGAAGUUUGCUGAUACCCAGAAGGACAAAGAGCAAAGGCGCCUCCAACAGCAGCUGGCACAGCAGAUGCAGCAGCUCAACACUGCCACCUGGGGGAACCUGACAGGGCUGGGCGGACUUACCCCACAGUACCUGGCGCUUCUGCAGCAGGCCACCUCUUCCAGCAACCUGGGUGCAUUCAGUGGCAUUCAGCAAAUGGCUGGCAUGAAUGCUUUACAGUUACAGAAUCUGGCCACACUGGCUGCCGCAGCAGCCGCAGCCCAGACCUCAGCCACCAGCACCAACGCAAACCCUCUCUCUACCACAAGCAGCGCCCUGGGUGCCCUCACGAGCCCCGUGGCUGCUUCAACCCCCAACUCCACUGCUGGUGCAGCCAUGAAUUCCUUGACUUCUCUUGGGACUCUGCAAGGACUGGCUGGAGCCACUGUUGGACUGAAUAAUAUUAAUGCACUAGCAGGUACCAUAAACAGUAUGGCGGCUCUGAAUGGAGGACUUGGCGCCACAGGCUUGACGAAUGGCACGGCUGGCACCAUGGACGCCCUCACCCAGGCCUACUCAGGAAUCCAGCAGUAUGCGGCAGCCGCGCUGCCCACGCUGUACAGCCAGAGCUUGCUGCAACAGCAGAGCGCUGCAGGCAGCCAGAAAGAAGGUCCAGAGGGGGCAAACCUCUUUAUUUACCACCUUCCACAGGAGUUUGGAGACCAGGACAUUCUGCAGAUGUUCAUGCCUUUUGGAAAUGUUAUCUCUGCUAAAGUCUUCAUUGACAAACAGACCAAUCUGAGCAAGUGCUUUGGUUUUGUUAGCUAUGACAAUCCAGUCUCUGCACAAGCUGCGAUCCAGGCGAUGAAUGGCUUUCAGAUCGGCAUGAAACGCUUGAAGGUGCAGCUGAAGCGCUCCAAAAACGACAGCAAACCUUACUGAUCCCAACCCCAGAGGCUCCCUGCUCUUAUUUUAGCUUUCUUAGGACAUCUUCAUGCCCGUUAGUUCAUCGUUUGCCUAGCAUGUCCCUGUGGCGUCUCAAAAAAAGUUUCAUCGUCCCGUCAUUGUUUCUGAUGUCUUUCUGACCUCACAUCAUAUUUGGUUCUCCUACUGACCUUUGAUCUAGUUUGACCUUUGAAAUUUGCAUGUGACCUCAUCUAGCUAUGAAUUCUGGGAAGUCAAUGUGAAAAACAUUGCUGCAUUCAUGCAAGACUGAAAUUAUUAGACAAAUUAAUUAUAGAAAAAAAACCUGUGGCAAAAAUGUUUCUUUCUUAUUUUUUUUUUCUUUCUUUUCAUAAAACAGACUUGAAAGUAUUAUACAGGGAUUGGCAUUCUUCCCGGUCACUGGUAACAAUAGCAAUAUGUGUCCAGGGACACAGAAUGUUGGUUUCUAACAGACUACUUCCAAAAACAGUUUGAGAAAAAAAACUGUCUGAUUUUAAGUCUCUAGAGGUCUGUAAUAGUUUUUACAUUUUUCAGGCAGUGUAAAGUUUUUUGAUAAGGCCAUUUUAGGUGGCUCACUUUCUCAUUAAGAUAUAUAUAUAGAACCACUUUUUGUAGAUUAGUAUAAGAAAAAUAUUUACCCUGUUUUGGGGCAAAUGCUACCUAUUUGUGUCACCUUUUGCUGAACUGACUCACAGUUAGACAAUCCAUGGUUUAAUGCACAUGAAAUUACCUAUAUUUUAUACUGUUUCAAUGUACAGGAGAAAGGUUACUGUAAACUGUGUUAUGUUGGUGCUUCCGUGAAUUAAGUUGUGGUUUCAUCAUGAGUCUUACGGUCUUAAUGUUCUCUGUUGAUAAGACAAGUUUAGAAUUGGUUUACUUAAAACAAAAAA